GCCGCGCACCACGUGACGCGUGGCCCCGCCCCCUCCCGCGGCCGCGCGGCGUCGCCGUCCGGGUAUUUGAACGGCGCUUCCGCCAUUUUCCCUGCGCCCGGCACGGAACGAGCGAGCGGGAGACGCCUCGGCUGAGACACAGCAUGGCCGCCCAAGGAGAGCCCCAAGUGCAGUUUAAGCUUGUUCUGGUUGGUGAUGGUGGCACUGGGAAAACAACAUUUGUAAAGCGUCACUUGACUGGUGAAUUUGAAAAGAAGUAUGUAGCAACAUUGGGUGUUGAAGUUCAUCCUCUGGUGUUCCAUACUAACAGAGGCCCUAUUAAAUUUAAUGUAUGGGACACAGCUGGCCAGGAGAAGUUUGGUGGCCUGCGUGAUGGCUACUACAUCCAAGCUCAGUGUGCCAUCAUCAUGUUUGAUGUAACAUCAAGAGUUACCUACAAGAAUGUACCUAACUGGCAUAGAGAUCUGGUACGAGUAUGUGAAAAUAUCCCUAUAGUGUUGUGUGGCAACAAAGUGGAUAUUAAGGACAGAAAAGUCAAGGCAAAAUCCAUUGUGUUUCAUAGGAAGAAGAAUCUCCAGUAUUAUGACAUUUCAGCUAAGAGUAACUACAACUUUGAGAAGCCUUUCCUGUGGCUUGCUAGGAAGCUAAUUGGAGAUCCCAACUUGGAGUUUGUUGCCAUGCCUGCGCUCGCACCUCCUGAAGUCGUUAUGGACCCAGCACUGGCAGCACAGUAUGAGCAAGACUUACAGAUUGCUCAGACCACUGCACUGCCAGAUGAAGAUGAUGACCUGUGAGGGACGAAGCUGGAGCCCAGCGUCAGAAGUCUAGUUUUAUAGGCAACUGUCCUGUGAUGUCAGUGGUGCAGCGUGUUUGCCACUUUAUUAUCUAGCUGAACAGAACAUGUGCUUAAUCUUUGGGAUGCUGAAAGAGAUGAAUGGGCUUCGGAGUGAAUGUGGCAGUUUAAAAAAAAAAACAUACAAAACAAAAUGAAAAAAAAAAACCAAAACAAAAAACCUUCAUAUUUUGGACCUGCAUAUUUAGCUGUUUUUUGGACUGCAAUUACUUCCCCUUUUGAGUUUCAAAUAUAAGACUGCUGCAGUCACAUCAGAGUGUUAAGUGGAAAAUCUUGUUUCUGUCAUUCCCAUUCUUUUGUUUAGGUAAUAAAGUUGUAUUUCAAGUAUC